CUCUUUAAAAGAUUUGUUUUGCUUUCAUUUAAUUACAAUACCUAAAUGUAUAUCCAAAGACUUGUUAAAGAUGUAGAUAUGCAGCUCAGCGGAGGCAAAUAUUGCUAUUGUUCGUUCAUAAAACUUGGCUUGUCUAUUAUCUCCAUCAUUGACGUUUGUAUAUGGAUGCCUUGACCCUUGAUAAUAAUACUUGUGUACGCAGCGUAGCAUUGAAUUUCCUGCCCACCGUUCACCCAAAUACGGCUUAAACAAAUUAUCAUGAUGAUCAAUAAGCCUGUCGGGUGUCCUAGAUCUCAAAGAUUUUGGCCCAGUCUUAUAUCCAAAGAUUUUCCAAAGACUAUAAUUGAAAGGGAAACAGUCCAAUCAUAUCUUUUAUUAAACUGAGUGGAAUCUAAACAAUGAAUAGCUAAUCCCAUCGGGAUGGAGCCCACAUUUUAUUAACAUUGUAUUGGAUUAUAGACUUUGCAACAAAAAUAUAGGCUCUCUUUAAAGAAUUGUUAUUGUUGGAGACUAGAUUCAUGUUCAUGAAGUGGGUUUGCAACUUUGAAGUACAUUGCGUUACCAAUCUGUAAUUCUCUUUCGAGAAAUGUAAAGUGUGGUUUACCUUUAUACAUGGAACUAUGAAAGUGGUGUUCAAGCACUACUAGUCAAAGUUGAACCCCCCUCUGGUGCUUCCGCGUCGGCAUUUCAGAUCUUGUUGUAACUACUUACCUAACUGUAGUAAGUGCAUUAGCCAAUUGGGACAAUAUGUACGUAAAUAGAUUUAAAGCAGUGUCCUGUUCUGUUCCAGUAAUAGGACAAAUUCCUAAACCCUAAAAUCUGCAAGAAAUUUGUCAAAAGAUACUCCCUUAUGAAAUGGAAUGGUGCCUGACGAUCGUAAGAUAUCUUCUUGAUCAUGUGUGGGAAUGCAAGGAUCAAUUGCAGAAUUAUGUCAUACUUGAGUGGCAGGACAGUGAAGAACAAAACUAUAAUAGUUGGCCUCAAAUCCGAUAACUGCAGCCGGGAAAUGCUACUCCAGUUACUCGGUCUCUUUGUCAAGUCAGGAGACAAUGUGUUAGCAGUGCAUGUCCAAGAAAGGAAUGAUGCUUUUGACCCUAACACUUUUCACAUCCAUGAAGAUCUCUGUAAAUCCAAGCAGGUUGAUUUUCUUGUUAAAAUUUGCACCGGAAACUCCUAUAUCUCUGUGUUAUCUCAUCAAGUUCGAGAAACUUAUGCAACAACCCUUGCAAUUGGAUGCAACCUGUCAGGGCCAAAGUAUUCAACUGUAAGCACUUGUCUCAAAUGUUUACCUCCCACCUGUACCCUUCUCGUGAUGGACGAUGCAGGAAGAAUCCUAAUCCGAAGGCAGGGAACUUCCCAGCAAGGUUCUGCAGAUGUAACUCUUCAAUCUUAUACAUCAUCUUCCCAGAUGAACUCUGUGGUUGAUCAAUCAACAACCUCCCGUCAGUUACAUAAGUCCUUGACCAUACCAUUGCCUUCAACAUCUCCGUCAAUGUGUCAAAUUGAGAGUGAAGGACAGUACAUUCUCAAGAAAACAGUUCCUCAACAUCAGCUUAAAAAGUCAUUUACAAUGCCAUCUUCUGCAUCAUCAUCUACAUCGCAAACUGGUAGUGGACGACAGCAGAGGCUUAAGAAAAAUGUCAAUGAAAGGCGGUUUCACAAAAUGGCAUUCCUAGAAGCAGAGAGAUCCUGCAGGCGUUUUAGAUCGGAAGAGCUGAGUGUUGCCACGGAUAAUUUCAGCCCUGCCAUGGUGAUUGGAAAGGGAGGAAAUACUUUGGUGUAUCGAGCUAAACUAGAGAAUGGUCAAGCUGCAGCCGUGAAAGUCCUCAAAAACACACAUUGGUCUGCAAAGGAUCUUCUCCGAGAAGUUGAGAUGUUGACCAGCAUAAAGCACGAGAACAUAGUUGAGAUAAUUGGGUACUGUGAUAGCAAAGAGUUGCAAGCAGUCGUUUAUAAUCUUCUAAACGGAAGCUUGAAACAAUGUUUAAAACAACUCAAGUGGCCUGAGAGGAUGGGUAUUGCAAUCGGUUUAGCCAAGGCUCUGGAGUACCUUCAUCAUUGUUGUGACCUUCCCAUCAUUCACAGAAACGUGAAACCAUCUAACAUACUUCUCUCUGAUAAUUGCCAACCACAACUCUCAGAUUUUGGAGCAGCAAUAGUGCGUAAUCAAUCUUAUCAAGUUCCAGCAAACACAAAGCCAAUUGACAUUGUUAGGACCUUUGGAUACUUGGCACCGGAGUACAUGGUGUGUGGAAAGAUUGAUGAAAAGAUAGAUGUUUAUUCUUAUGGAGUUGUGCUCCUGGAACUUAUUACAGGGAAAGAGGCUAUUCAAAUAAACCAGACAAAUCAUGAAAGCUUGGUACUUUGGGCAAGAUCUUUACUCCGCUUUGGCCUAUGUGAGCGUCUAGUUGAUCCUUUCUUGGGCAACAAUUACAAAAAGGAAGAGUUGGAAGUAAUGAUGUUUAUAGCACGCCUCUGCCUUAUGCAUUCAUCUUCUCAAAGGCCAACAAUAAAAACGAUAUUAAGGUUAUUUGAGGACUCAGAGUACUGGCUAGUGAUGCAAAGGGAGAAAGAUCAACUUCUAAAUGGGUUUGGUUCCAUAGGUGAAACAGAUUUGUGGAGACAAUAUGAGUUGUCAAGUUCUGGAACCAUGGCAUUGGAUGAUACCUAGACAAGUAGUAAAAUUUUUGGGCUUUUUUCAGGAGAGAACUGGGUCUGCUGAUGUGAAAUAGAAGACUAUCCAACCAGAUUUGAUCCCUUCUUACCUAUUAACCAUGUAAAUAUAUCAAAUAUUGGUCAGAAUGAGCUAUUUCCACCAUAGUGUCUAUGACUUCAUAUAUGUAGCAAUAUAGAAUCUAUUGUAAUUUAUUUCUUUAGCUGUUAUCCAAGUUUGGUUCUUCUAUAAUCUUCUACAUUGUUUCUCUUCCAGCUUUGUGCACUAAAAUAUUUUGUUUGUUGGAAGCAGUUUCUUAUAUCUAUGAAUUCAAGUUAGAAUUGGCGGAAUGCCUAUUUUUGAGAUACCAGAUUGUUUUUGGUAAAAACAAUUUCAAUAAUACAUU